AUGGGGAUCGAUGGUGGAAUCUUGGAGGAGUCGAUCGACAUGACUGUGAAGAGCGGUGAUAACUGCAGAAGAGCGGUGAUAAUUGCAGAAGAGCGGUGUUCAUGGUCGGGAUUCAGUGAACUUCUCCCGCUCGACCUCUACAUACUGGACUACAUGGGUUCAGGGUUCAUGGUGUUGUUGCACUGCUCCCACUCGAGGCUCGUUUGGCAGUUGAUGGGUGUGAGCAACUCGCUAAUUAGGAUUCUCUGCCGCCGCCCGCCGUCGCUCGGCCGCUCCAUGGCAGGCCCUCCGCCCUGCCCUCCUCCCCCUCCCGGCGAAGCCGCUGCGGCCGAUCCCGACUCUCCGGAGCCGAGUGCGCUCCAUCGCUUUCCAGUCACCCUCCUUCAGCCGUCGACGCAGCGGAAGCAGAACCGUUCGAAGCCGACGAAGAUGCUCCACUCCUUCCGCUCCGCCUUCCGCGCCCUACCCAUCAUCGCCGUCCCGCCUGGGUGCCACAUCCCGACCGCCGCCCUCAGCCGGGGAAGCAGCUCCAACGCCCACCGCGACGGGCGCGUGCACGGCACCCGAACCACCGGCACCCUGUUCGGCCACCGAAAGGCCCGCAUCACCCUGGCGUUCCAGGAGAACCCCCGCAGCGUGCCGCACCUCCUCCUCGAGGUGGCCGUCCCCACCGCCCGGUUCAUGCAGGACAUGGGCUCCUCCGGCCUCGUCCGUGUCGCCCUCGAGUGCGAGAAGAAGGUGGCCACCGGCAGGAAGAGCCGCCGCGUCCUCGACGAGCCCAUGUGGACGGCCUACGUCAACGGUCGCAGCGUGGGCUACGCCGCGCGCAGGGACCCUACGGAGCUGGACCUCGGCGUGAUGCAACUGCUCCACGCGGUGUCGAUGGGCGCCGGCGUGCUCCCCGCCGACAAGACCGACCCUGUCGACGGCGAGCUCACCUACAUGCGGGCCUACUUCGACCGGGUGAUCGGGUCCAAGGAUUCCGAGACGUUCUACAUGCUCAACCCCGACGGCAACGCCGGCCCGGAGCUCAGCAUCUUCUUCGUCAGGAUCUAA